AGUGUCUUGUUUCCCACGGACCGCUGAUCGCACGGACCGAAUACAAACAACCGCGGCAGCGAAGUCUUCCGGCUGAAUGUGAACAUCUCUCCGACUUCACGCGUCGCUUUACGGCCAAAGAUCAACAUGAAGUUCCGAGGGAAAAUCAUAGAUGUGUCCUGCCUCACCCACUUCACCCGGGUCGUCACCACCAUCUCCAAGCUGACGAAGCUGUGCGUCCUGAGACUGACUCCAGAUCACCUGUUCUUCGUUCUGUCUGGGAAAGUGGCCAAUGGAGGGGUCAGCAUGUGGUGUGAGCUGUCACAGGCCAACUUCUUCGAUGAGUACCAGAUGGAGGGUGUGUCCUCUGAGGACAAUGAGAUCUGUCUGGAGGUGACUCCAGAGAACCUGUCCAGAGCCCUGAAGACGGUCCAGAACGCCAAGUCCGUGAAGCUGAAACUGACCAAGAAGCACUGCCCCUGCCUGACCAUCGCUGCCGAGCUGCCCACGCUGUCCAGCAUCAGUCGAGUCGUCACUCACGACGUCCCGGUCAACGUCAUCCCACGCAGACUCUGGCAUGAGUUCAAAGAACCGAGCAUGCCCGACUUCGAUGUCAGCAUCUACCUGCCUCCUCUGAAGACCAUGAAGAGCGUCGUGGACCGGAUGAAGAACCUCUCCAACUUCCUGGUAAUCGAGGCCAACCUGAACGGACAGAUGAAUCUGAAGAUUGAGACGGAUCUGGUUUCCGUCACCACGCACUUCAAAGACCUGGGGAAUCCACCGUGGGGUGAAGACGCCUCCCAGGAGGACAGUGCGUCUCAGAGCCGGGACCCAGAGUCCAUGGCUGAGGCCAGAGUGGACAUCAGGCGGCUGCAGCAGUUCCUCAUGGGACAGCAGGUCAACCCCAGCAAGGCCAUGUGCAAUAUCGUGUGUCAGAGGGUCGUCCACCUGAUUCUGCUGCAUGAAGAUGUGUCGCUCCAGUAUUUCAUCCCCGCUGUGGCCUAGACGCCAGAGCUCAUGAGCUAGUUCUGCUCGCUGUGAGUGUGGGGAAAUGAAAACUGGACAACAGAACAGUUUCAGGAGUGUUUUCCCCUCAUCCUGUUUCCUGUCGGAGCUCAGAAGAACAAUGUGAAGAGUUCACCUGUCCCAUGUUUCAGAGACCUUGCUCCUUUCCAGUCCUCCCACUGGACCUCAGGAACACACUGACCUCUGGUGGACAGAUGGUAAACACACAGGAAGCAGUGUUUGGGGCAGUUGGA